AUGGCCAGAAUCGGAUGUACUGGGCUUGUUAGAGGUGCAGCUCGGUCGCUGGGGUAUGAUGUCGAUGCGCUAGUGCUAGCGGCUUGUCGGUUCGCGACCCUUGAUGAUCAUGAUGAUGGUGACCAACAAGGAAGCAGCGUCGCGAAGGAUUCGUCGUCGUCGAUGAUCCAAACACCAAAAAUUGACAGUUGUGGAUUUCGGACAUUCCGCUAA